AUGACUACGAGGUUCUAUGACAUACCGGGAUCUCAUAAGCCUUCCUCCGAUGGAUCACACGAUGAACGCUCCAGUUUGUUGGCCGGUAGGAGAGCUAGUAUGACUUAUUUUAACUAUCAAGAGGAACCGCAACUUCGCAAAAUCUCUUCGAAACUUGAUCCAAAUAAUCCGAAUAAGCACAAGUUGGGUACUUAUGAUGGUGUAUUUGUUCCGACAUCACUUAACGUGCUGUCGAUCCUGAUGUUUCUUAGGUUUGGCUUCAUCCUGGGCCAAUUAGGGUUUAUCUGUACAGUGGGUUUGCUAAUACUGAGUUACAUGAUCAAUUUGCUUACAACGUUAAGUAUUUCAGCUAUAUCGACCAACGGUACAGUGAGAGGUGGAGGGGCUUAUUACAUGAUCUCUAGAAGCUUGGGACCAGAGUUUGGUGGAUCCAUUGGUAUAGUGUUCUUCCUUGGUCAGGUGUUCAACAGUGGUAUGAAUGCUAUUGGGCUUGUGGAGCCACUGCUGUACAAUUUCGGGAAAUCUCAUAAUACUGAUUUUACUGCUGCUUUCUUUGGAUUACUACCGAUGGGUCAUUGGCAUCAGUUUGUUUAUGCUACAAUAAUAUUGCUGAUUUGUAUCAGUGUUGCGCUUGUCGGUUCACAAAUGGUCUCAAAAGCUGGCAACGUGUUGUUCUUUGUACUUGCAUUCUCUACGUUAUCGAUCCCUGUGUCAGCGCUAAUCAAAAGACCUUUCAGUGAAGGCAAUAUCGUUUAUACGGGUAUCUCAUGGCAGACAUUUCGUGAUAACUUGUUCCCUCGUCUGACAAAGGGAGCUGCCGGAAGUCUUCUAAAGAAACGGGAGACGUUUAAUGAUCUAUUUGGGAUUUUCUUCCCAGCAACAGCAGGUAUUUUUGCUGGUGCGGGCAUGUCGAGCGAAUUGAGGAAACCUUCAAGAUCUAUUCCAAAGGGUACGCUAUGGGGGUUACUCUUCACUUUUCUGUGCUACGCAAUGGUUGUGCUUUCCGUGAGUCUCGCCACUCCACGUCAGACUCUUUACCGUGAUGUGCAGGUGAUUCAGUCUGUGAGCGCUGUACAAGUUGUGAUUUUACUUGGUGAGUUGGCUACAUCUGUAUUCUCUAUCAUUGUUGGUAUGGUUGGAGCCGCUUAUGUUCUUGAAGCAAUUGCGAAGGAUAGCAUCUUGCCCGGGUUGUCGAUUUUUCACAAGAGACCAAUGAUUUCCCUCUUAUUUACUUGGUUCCUCACUCAAAUGUGCCUGUUUUCCGAUGUCAACAAGAUUGCUACUUUCAUAACCAUGACUUUCCUUAUGACUUUCACUGUGAUGAACUUGGCAUGCUUCUUUCUGGUGAUCUCAUCGGCUCCAAACUUCAGACCAUCUUUCAAAUACUUCGAUCGCUACACAGCAAUAACAGGUGCUUUCAUCUCUACAGUUGCGAUGUUUGUGGUCGAUGGUGUAUCUGCAUCAAUGGUGAUUCUAGCAAUGGUUAUCCUUUUUUUAAUGAUUCAUUACUACUCUCCACCAAAGCCUUGGGGUGACGUUUCACAGAAUUUAAUAUACCAUCAAGUGAGAAAAUACCUUUUAAGACUCAAACAGGAUAAUAUCAAGUAUUGGAGGCCACAAAUCCUUUUACUGGUCGACAACCCACGGACUAGCUGGAACUUGAUCCGUUUUUGCAAUAAUUUGAAAAAGGGAGGCUUGUACAUCCUUGGUCAUGUCACUGUCAGUCCCAAUUUCCAGGAACAAUUCGAUGAAUUAAAGAAGCAGCAAAGAGCUUGGAUGAAGAUUAGAGAUUUGGCUAAGAUCAAGGCGUUUGUGCAAAUCGGUACUGGACCAAAUUUGGCAUGGGGAAUUCGAAACGUGUUUUUAGGAUCUGGUCUUGGUGGUAUGAGGCCAAAUAUUACUGUAUUGGGAUUCUUUGACUUACAGCACUACUAUCAAAGGGUUUCCAACAAUACUUACGAUAAUUCGAAUGAAAUAUCAAAUGAAAAUUCAGAACUAUCAGCUGUUACACAGUUCGGCAAGCCACUACCGACGGAUGAUUGCAAAAAUGAGGAUAAAGUUAAGAUUCAACAAUGGGUUCAGAUUGUCGAAGAUCUCUCAUUAAUGCAAUCGAACAUCGCAAUUGCACAUGACUUUAAAAAGCUUGAACUUCCAGAUAAAUCUGACAGAUUGCAUGUAAAGAAAUACAUCGAUCUUUAUCCAAUUCAGAUGUGCGCACAGAUGAAGGCUCAGCAUGAUAAGCCAUCGAUAACCACAACUAAUUUCGACACCUAUACGUUGAUCUUGCAACUUGGUGCCAUUCUGGUGACAGUGCCGCAGUGGAAACAUACUCAUGCUUUGCGAGUAAUUCUAUUUGUCGAGAGUGAAUUGGAUAGAUCUGAAGAGAACAGAAGGAUGCGUGAGUUGUUAAAUGUUCUGAGAAUUGAAGCUGAAGUGAUAGUUGUUUCCUUAGAUCAGUUCAGAGUUUACAACACAAUUGUCAAGGGUGAUCCCAUCAAAUUUGAUUACGUUAACUCCAAGAUGGGCGAUGACCCAUGGUGGAGAGAUCUACAGGAUGCUAGAGAUACUAUGAAGCCUAAACGUCGAUUUUCAAUGGCAAACGCUGUCGCGGUCAAGCCUAAUAAUGUAAGGGCAAACAGGUAUAAAAUGUCGAAACUGCAAACAAUGGGUGUGUCUCUAACUAUGAGUUCUUCUAUGCCACAUGCAGCGUCGAUUGCUAGCUUUGAUUCUGAUGAAGAAACAGACGUAGCUUCGAUCCGUGAUUCUUCCUCAUCCAUCCCCUCAACCGCGCAAAGACUCAAAUAUGAAGGCACUAGAAGAAGAAACCUAGCUAAUAAAAAUCCCUCUGUUCUGCGAAAGAAUUAUGAAGAGAACAAUAAUGUCCAAUCUUCUGGUCCAGUUUUCUCUAGCAAUAAGUUACCGAGCACAAAGGUUCUCGAAGAUGAAAGUGGUGAUAAACCAACGCUAAUACCAGUACUUGAGCAAGGUCAUUCGACUGAAAACCAUGGCAAAUCGCAAAGAAACUUGAUUCUACCUGAGUUGUCUCCCUGUUGCUCAAAAGAGAGCCUGGUAAAAGCCAUGGAAAACAUCGGCUUCAAUGACUUACCGGGGAAAGCUCAGCAUCUGAUCUUAAAUGACGUUAUGACACAACUUUCAGGUCAUUCUGACUUGAUAUUCUCGACACUGCCAGUCCCAGCUCUGGGUACUCAUAAAGACCCAGAUGCAAGUCUACUGUAUGUGGAAGAUCUUCAUAUUUGGUUGGACGAUUUGCCUCCAACCAUGCUGAUCAAUUCACAAACUAUGACUGUGACUACAGCUUUAUGA